ACGAGAGAUUUCAACCGCCUUCACAUCUUUGGCAUUUCCUUGGUACCCGCAUAUGCGCCAACUAUUGAUGCCCCGUCACAGGAUUCUCCCAUAAUAAGUCAAAAUGGAGAACACUAUGGUCCUGCUCUAGCAGUCAAGAAUCUUCGCCUCACGACACGAUAUGUAGAAAGUGGCCCUCAACAAGGAGACCGUGUAGCAGAAGUUACGAUCUCCAAUAUGGCAUCAUAUUCGAGAGAUACCAAUCUACUCGAAAACCGUUCUCUCAAAGGCAAAUACUCAGUCCACGUCACCGGACCUGGUAUGACGACCACAAGACCCGGAGAAAUCACACGAUUGAUGCCCGGAGAUGAUGCUCGCUUGGAUAUUGGAGUCACAAUAUCUCAGUCUACACCAACCUUUGCUACCAGUAUUCCUGUUCAUGUCGAGAUCAGAAGACAAAAUGACCCUCUGGUGAUUCGAAGUGAGGAGUGGGAAAUGAACAUA